GUGUACUAGUAAUGUAUACAGUGCUCAUGUAGUCAUGUUGGCUCUUGAACAAAGCAUGUCCUAGUGCAAAAAUCGGUUUUAAUAGCGGUCACAUAGACUUUCGUGUUCAAUGUGGAUGGUUUCUCUGGCUGUCUCGUCUUAUGUUUAAGUCACAAUAAGUUUAAAUACCUUUAUAAUACAGUUAUGAUAUAGUGAUUUAGGCAAAAUCUUGCACUCAUGUCACAUCGUGCACCAAUUUCCCUGUAUGUUGCUUUGUGCUCCAUAUGAAUUUUACAUACCAUGCUACCAGUGUUCUACACAUUAUAUGCAUUGCUUCAUCAUCUUUCAUUCACAUAUAUUCCCAGUUAUAACUACAGUCUACACGUAGAUUACUAUAUAUAUAUAUAUAUAUAUAGUAUAAUGGAGCACUAGUCUAGUGUGCUACAAAAGUAGCAGUAAAAGAGAGUACCACAUUUUGUUAUCUUCCAUUUAUGUUAUUUGCCAGUCACCAUCCCUCCACUCACUCGGUAAAUUCAUUGACAGUUGAAGAUUUAUGCUAUACAUAACCUAGAAAAUGUGUUUUAUGAGUUAUUUGUAGCUCUACACAUUCACCAACUAAGGAAUUCCUCUAUAUAAUGGAAUGUUGGUCCAAAAACUUCAGAAAUUUUCACACUACUAUCACCUUUGCAUCCUCAGAAUUCGAUAUAAAUACCAUCCCUCGAAAUCCUCUCAUCAAUCAUCUUGUUUGAGCACAAUGGCUUCAAUUCUUCGACUAUGUUUUUCUCUCGUUGCUUACCUUACGAUCAUUCAAUUCUGCGUAGGAAGUUCUAAUUCACCCAAAAAAGUAUCACUCGAUUUGUACUACGAGAGCUUGUGCCCCGGAAGUUCCAAAUUCAUAGCCAAUGAUCUGCCUACCAUCUACAAGAAUGGGCUGAUUGAAAUCGUUGAUCUACGCUUCUUCCCUUGGGGGAAUGCUAUACUCAAUUCUGAUGUCUCCUUUACUUGUCAGCAUGGUCCUACUGAAUGCUUACUGAACACUGUUGAAGCUUGCGCCAUUGAUAUAUAUCCUAUGGAUGACCGUGUCAUGUUCAUUCAAUGUAUUGAGAAUAUGGUUUAUGAGGGGAACUCUACCAAUUGGAAAACUUGCUUCAAGCUGUACGAUUUUGAUCCAGAACUUAUCACUGAUUGUUACGCGAGUCUUUAUGGAAAAAGGCUUGAGGUGAUGUAUGCAAAACUAACCAAUGCGCUCACACCUCCUCAUCAAUAUGUGCCUUGGGUCGUUGUGGAUGGAAAACCCCUACAAACCGAUUAUGAAAAUUUCGUAAGUUACAUCUGUGAAGCUUACAAGGGACCGCAACCAAGUGCUUGUAAGAAAGCAUCCCUUGCAAGUGUCCCAAGAGAGAUGGCUAAGGAUGGUGUUGUUGUUUCGCGUAGGCUUCAAGACUAGUGAAAGUUUCCUCCUUAAAUAACAUACUAUAUGCGAAUUGGAUGACAUAAAACUUACUAUUUUCAUAUUUUGAGAGAGAUAUCCCAUUUGUUCUUGUGUUAAGAAGCCGUAAAUGGCAAAUAGCUAAAUUGUUUUAAAUAAUUUUAUAAAAUCACUAUUGGUUACCUUAUUGUCUCCAUUU